UUCCUUCUCUUUAUAAAACAAUAAUAGUCAACUACUAUUCAUGUAUUCCUUUGAUUUUGCUAUUCAAAUAAGUCGUAUAUGUAUGGAUGAGAUACAGAAAAGAGGAUUAAGUGAGCGUAAAAUAUUACGCAAAUCUGUUCCUAAUGGUACCUUAAUUUUAAAAGUCUUUCGAAAACAUAAUUGUACACCAGAAGACCUUACUCAAGUUAGUAUUCAUUCUGUUGCAACAUUAAUGCAAGAUAUUAUCUGGUGUUGUCACGAACGUUUAAUGACAAGAAAAAUAUGGCGAACUAUAAAUUAUGAAACUUGUACAUUGGAUGAACUUUCUCAAUAUAUAACGAAAAAGGGAAAGAGUUUUCUUUUAGAGUUAUUGGAUUUUCUUAUUAAAGUCAUGCAAUACAAAGAUAUCAAUUUAAUGGAUGCUUAUAGAUUAGGAGAAGCGAUGGGGAAGAUAGUCUUGGGUCCUUUGGAUUGUGAUCCAAUCCUUGCUGAAAAGGCGAAUCACUUCUUGACCCGUAUGAUCAUUGAACACUCCAAGAAUUAUAAACGGCAUCAUCAUCCUUCAACUUUAUUCAAACUGAAAAAGAAUCAUCAUUUAUCAAGGUAUUCUGCCACUAGUCAUUUGAUAACACCCACCUCUAAGACUGAGGCAGCAAAGGCAAAGACCAAGUCUUAUAAUAGACUUAUUCAAAGAAUUCAAAGAAGAAACUUUGAUUGGAUUUCAAUUGCCCAUAUUGCCCUCUAUGCCAUGUUGGAAAAUGAUUAUAAAGCAACCGAAGAAAGUAAUAAGACGUUGGAUGAAUGUUAUAUAUCUAUCUUUUCUACUCAUCUAGAUCCUUCACAAGCUCAUUUAUCACCUCUUUUAUAUCGUCUUAUCACUACUGGAAUUGAAGGAUUACAUAACAGAUUAAUACUACUUGACAAGGACCCAUUUAACACAAGGACACACCAGUUUGAAAACCAAAUUUGUGUUGCCUUUGAUGACUUCAUACCCUUAAUAAAAAAGGGAAAUCAGUACCAUGAUGAAACAAAUUUUAUGAAUGAAAAGACAACAAUGAGAUGGAAUAACAAGAUAAAAUCAAUUCCUCUUUCAAUGUCUCAUAUGAAACGACUUUAUCUUAAAAGACAGCCCAAGUCAUCACAUACGAUCAUGUCUGAGGGUAGUACUAGUAGUGAUGAAGAAACAAUUGCAAUCGUUCCAAGCAAGGAAAGUCAAUUAGAGCACUUUUGUAGUCAAAAAGUGUAUUAUCCUGAUAUUAUAAGAGAAGAAGAAAUAUCAAGUCAACAGCAAGCGAAAGGAAUGAUGAAGAUGAUAACUAAAAUGGGAAAUUCUAUGCCCAUUAAAAAGGAUACAGUCAAUACACCUCCAAUUUAUUAUUAAUU